AUGAUUGAGCUGGGCCUGAGCCUGCCUGAUGGCAGCCUGAUUGAUGAGCUGAUGGAGCUGACGGCACAGAGCCUCGGUAAACUGGAGAUCCAGGAACACUUCAACAUCAUAAAAGAGAUCGGCAGAGGGAAAUAUGGGAAAGUGCUGCUGGUGACACACCGCUUUAGGGGGACUCCCAUGGCCCUGAAAGUGAUGCCUAAAGCCUCAACUAAGCUGCAGGGCUUUCUGCGAGAGUACUGCAUCUCCUUACACCUGUCUUGCCACCCCUGCAUCGUGGGCCUCUUCGGUAUUGCCUUCCAGUCUAAUGACCACUACUGCUUUGCCCAGGAGCUCGUCAUUGGCAGGGACCUGUUUGCUGUCAUCCAGCCAAAGGUGGGUAUCCCAGAGUCUUCAGUAAAACGUUGUGUCCUCCAGGUCGCCAGUGCUUUGGAGUUCAUCCACAGCCAUGGUCUCGUUCAUCGCGAUGUAAAGCCUGAAAACAUCCUCUUGUUGGACAAUCACUGCUGCCAGGUCAAGCUGGCAGACUUUGGGUUGGCCCAGAAGAGAGGCACUUUGAUCCGCUUCAUCACUGGAACCCUGCCCUACAUGGCCCCAGAGCUUUGCACCGUGGCUCUGUUAGAUGGCCAGAAAGAAGUGACUGCUCCUCCGCUUAGUGUAGAGCCAAGCCUGGACACCUGGGCCUUUGGGGUGGUUAUCUUCUGCAUCCUUACAGGAUAUUUCCCCUGGGAGCGCUGCAUGGAUGCAGAUGACUUCUACCUGGAGUUUGCAGACUGGUGCAGAAUGGAAGAAAGGCCAUACAAUGAGGAAGACGUUCCUCCUUUGUGGAGAAAAUUUACUCCAGAUGCAAUGGAGAUGUUUGGUAAGCUCCUGGCUCCAGAUGUGGAAAAAAGGUGCACAGUUGGGGAGGUAAGAGCCUACGUGGAGAAGGACUGGCUUAAAAAUGCCAAUGGGACUGAGCAGGAGAAGCCAGAAAAAUAA